GUGUACAUAUGGCCAGUUGAUGAGGAACGUCAACAGUACCGGUGGAUGAAGAGGAAAUCCUUUAUUUUUCCAUCGUGUAGUUUAGAUUUAUCUCAAGAAAAUGGAGUACAUUUAUCGAUUACCGUUUUUAGUCCUGGAAGUGCCUAAUUUAAAGUUAAAGAAACCGUCCUGGUUUGUGAAACCUAGUGCUAUGAUAGUCUUUUCCCUCAUCCUUCUGUCGUACUUCUUGGUGACAGGAGGAAUCAUAUACGAUGUAAUCGUUGAGCCACCUAGUGUAGGAUCUACAACAGAUGAACAUGGCCAUACAAGACCUGUAGCAUUUAUGCCAUAUCGUGUUAAUGGGCAAUAUAUCAUGGAAGGCUUAGCCUCCAGUUUUCUAUUCACAAUAGGAGGCUUAGGCUUUAUUAUACUGGAUCAAACUCAUGGUCCAUCAACGCCGAAACUUAACAGAAUUCUUCUGAUAUGUGUUGGAUUUCUCAGCAUAGUUGUGUCAUUUAUUGCAUGCUGGAUAUUCAUGAAAAUGAAACUUCCCGGGUAUCUGCAAUCUUAAACAUAAGUUUUGAAUUCCAAUAUUACGAAUUUCAUUUUUAUAUCACAUUGUAUGCAAUAUUGUUACAAUACAUGGGAUAUUGUAAUAAUGACUUGGGGGACUUUUGUAAUAAAGUGUAAUAAGUUAAACAAGACAAUUUUAGCAUUAUACCAUUAUUUAUAAUAUAGAUAUUACAAUUGUUCAAGAUACAAUAAAAGGCAUUACAACUUA